ACUCUAGAUAAAUAAAAAAUUCCUCUCUCUCUCUCUCUCUCCCCGUUCCGCAUCUCUCACUCUGCUCAGCAAUGGCGGCUUUGACAGUACCAGACAACCUAACCAGAGACCAAUACCUCUACCUGGCCAAACUCGCCGAGCAAGCCGAGCGCUAUGAGGAAAUGGUCAAGUACAUGGAAAACCUCGUCCUCAUCUCCACCCCCGCCGCCGAGCUCACCGUCGAGGAGCGCAACCUCCUCUCCGUCGCCUACAAGAACGUCAUCGGCUCCCUCCGCGCCGCCUGGCGCAUCGUCUCCUCCAUCGAGCAGAAGGAGGAGUCGCGCAAGAACGAGGACCACGUCGCCCUUGUCAAGGGCUACCGGUCCAAGGUCGAGUCCGAGCUCUCCUCGAUAUGCGCCGGGAUACUCAAGCUGCUCGAGUCAAACCUCGUGCCGUCGGCCUCCGCCGGCGAGUCGAAGGUGUUCUAUCUGAAGAUGAAGGGCGAUUACUAUCGGUAUAUGGCGGAGUUCAAGGUUGGGGACGAGCGGAAGGAGGCUGCGGAGGACACCAUGAACUCUUACAAGGCUGCUCAGGAUAUUGCACUGGCUGAUCUGGCUCCUACACAUCCAAUAAGGCUGGGGCUUGCCCUCAAUUUCUCAGUGUUCUACUAUGAGAUUCUAAAUUCAUCUGAUAAAGCUUGCAGUAUGGCAAAACAGGCAUUUGAGGAAGCAAUAGCUGAACUUGAUACUUUAGGUGAGGAAUCAUACAAGGACAGCACCCUCAUCAUGCAACUGCUAAGGGACAAUCUCACUCUUUGGACUUCGGACAUGCAGGACCAGAUAGAGGAGUCCUAAAGAUCUUCAAGUUGAAGGGUUUUUAUCUUCUUUGAGAGGAGGUGGGCUUCGAAUGUCAUUUUGUUUUGUGCUGACUAAUCGUGAUUUGAUUUGGACUGGUAAUCAGCCAAUGAAUUGAUGAUCCAUACUAGGACUAAAACCUGCUUUAUAAUGUUAAAGUGAUUUGGGAUGCA